CUUAACACUGUCUUUAAGCCCAGGUUGUUUCUUUGUUGUGCAGCAAGGUAGCACCUCAGCAUGUUGACUGAAGGCACACAGUCAAUGAUGGGAGCAUCUCUGAUCCUAUGGAGAACAACAAUACUCCUCACGCUACAAAUUCAAGGGACAGCGCUAUUCAGUAUGAAAACCAUUGCUUUAUUUGAGGGGCAGAGCCUUGAAUUUAGAUGCAACUAUCAAGAUGGCAGUCAAAUGAAUGCAAAGUACUUCUGCUCAUUUAAUGACAAAAUGCCAUUCAAACACCUGAUACGGGCGAAAGAGCACGUCAAGUGGGUGCAAGAAGGAAGAUUCUCUCUUUCCGACAACACCAGCGGAGCUUUUUUCAUCGUCAGGGUGGAUGUAGUCUUCACUCAGGACAGUGGGUUUUACUGGUGUGGGGUGGAGGAUUGCUUCCUCUCAAACCAUGGCGAUGUCAUACAACUAGAUGUGUCCAAAGUAAAUGAAGUACCAGUCACUCCACGUAACAUCAUUAUGGACAAGCGUAACCUGAUGUUGUUUGCGGCUGCAGUGGUGUGCACCGCUGCCCUGUUAUGCGUGUGUCUCUACACACUUGUGUUGCUACUCACUUUGAAACAACAGAGGACUCGCCCACGUCAGAAUAGAAAGAUCUCAUGUGACUAUGAGACCAUGAUGCCUGCCGUGAUGAGUGAAGCUGAGGGCCACAGCAGGGGUUCGAGUCUGGAGUAUAACACUCAUCCUGAUGCACCAACAGACACUACGGGGCGACAUCGGGACUCUGCAGGCAGCCUCAAGCGCAGGCUGUCAUACGUGGAGGCUGAAGCGAUGUCGAUCACAGGAGUGUCUGGGCAGAACAUUACAAUCACAUGCUCUCUCAACAAAGCACCUGACAAUGUCAAAUAUUUCUGCAAAGGACGUUGCAGGUAUGAGGAUGUCCUCAUAAGUAGCGGUACAGGCAAGUGGAAUACAAAAAAAUACAGGAUAAGGGAUGAAGGAAGCAGAUUUUAUGUUACAAUCUUUCACCUGAAAAAGGAGGAUGCCGGUAUCUACGCGUGUGGUGUCGAAAAGUUUUGGACUGAUCCAUUAGAAAAAGUCAUCCUCACUGUCAGAGAAGGAAUCAAACCUAACACGAAAUCAAUAAACCCAUCUGAACCAGUUCAUCCAAAUACUUCGUCAUCUAUGAAGCCAUUGUAUAUCGGAGCAAGCCUCGGAGUAAUUGUACUGGCCCUGGCAUUAAUCCUCCUCAUAUAUUUCAGACACCAAAAAGGCCACAUUCUGACUUCUUCUGCUCCAUGCCAGGAUUCCAGCAAUGUCAUCAUGAAUCCUCCAGAGUGUCUCCACUAUUCCACUAUCAGCCACAGCAGCCACACAGACAACAGCCGUGUCUCUCCUCACCCUACAGAUGUGACAUACUCCUCUAUUAGUCUUAUUGCACCAGAUGAAUCAGCAGUCUACUGCAACGUGUGAACACUGUGCACUGCCAGCCGUGAUGCAGUCUUGUUGAAGCCACAACUGUAUUCCAACAUUAAUCAAAUAACAUGGAAUGGCAGUUUGCAUUAAUUACCAGUUGACACCAGUCUGUUUCGUUCUCGUCUUCUUUUCUUCCGUUCCACUCUCUGAGUCACAGCAACACGGGAGUCACAUCCUUAUUCUAAAAUACCAUGCAAAUGUCUUAGGUGUUUUAGGUGCUAAAAUAGUGAGCAUACUGUCAAAGCACACACACGAAGAUAGAGAGAAGAAAACACGCUCGAUCAUCCUUGACUAAGAGCCUAUUUUAUUAUGUAAAAAUAAGGAUCUCCUCUGGAAAAUGCUAAAAAAGAUGGAAAUAACAUUGGAAAUCAUCACUUACACCGUCACUGGUAAUAUUGUUUAUUUUAUCAUUAGUUAAUUAAGGAUUUUUUAAAAUUAUUCUUGCAUAAAGACAAAAUGCUUUUUCUGUAAUGCCAUGAUUAUGUGUGUUCUUUUCUUUUUUCUCAGUCAUUCUUGCAUUAUAUACAGUGACAGGAAGUAAAAAUGUCUGUCAGGCAGUCAGCGAUGAAUGUAAGUAAAAUUAGACUGCAUUAAGUUCCUUUUUUUUCGAGCUGUUCUGUUUUGUUAGUUGUGUUAGAGAUAUAAAAUCUGAUAUGAUUACAUGAUGCCGCACGGUGGCCCAGUGGUUAAGCAUGUUGGCCACACAGUCAGGAGAUGGGGAUGAUCUGGGUUCGAAUAUCCAUUGGGCAACUCUGUGUGGAGUUUGCAUGUUCUCCCCGUGCGUGCGUGGGUUUUCUCCGGGUACUCCGGUUUCCUCCCACAUUCCAAAAACAUGCAUGUUAGGUUAAUUGGCGACUCUAAAUUGUCCAUAGGUAUGAAUGUGAGUGUGAAUGGUUGUUUGUCUACA